UGGGACUCGAUGCUUUUUAAACCCAAUGGACCAAAACACCAUUGUUGAGGUGAAAGACUACGAAAGAAAUGUAGACGUAUAUUUUAAAGUUCUUUUUUCGAUCGACUGCGCUUUAAUCGUCUUUGGAAUUCUGGCCAAUUGUGUUGUUUUGCUUGUGCUCUUCACUUCUAACAAGCAACACAAAAGUUUAUCAACGUUCCUGAUUAUGUAUUUGUCUGCGAGUGAUCUUGUGCUGAGAGUGGUUGGACUUUACACAGUAGUCAUAAGAGCAAGAAAAUGGACGCCUCUCUUUCACUGCAAAUGUUUGACCUUUAUUCAAUAUACCUGUUGUGCAUGUGUUUUUACUCUCUUGUCUGGAAUAGCAGUGGAUCGUUAUGUUCACAUCAUUCAUCCUCUAAAAAGUCUAUAUUUUAAACCCAGAAAAGCGGUUGUAAUCGGAAGUAUUUUGGUAUAUUCUGCAGCAGUUUCCGUCUCGUUCCUCGUCAGCGCAGAAACCAGGGAUGUACGCCGCAGGUUUUGGUUUCAACCACACGGCCCUAACUCCACCAGACGAGCAGUCGAGAAAUUCAUCCCCUAUCCUGGCGAAAGCUUCUCCAAUUCAUCCAACAUUAGCAUGACAACUUUCGACGUGAAUCCUGAACGAAAGACAUGCGUAGCGCUGGGUAUAGGGACACUGGAUGGCCAAGUCUCUAUCACUACAUACUUUACUCUUGUCUUCGUUGCACCUCUGUUUAUAAUGGGAUAUUCAUAUGCAAGGAUUUUCUUUUUUCUUUCCAAGAAAGCAAGAAGGACGAAAAUCUCAUCGCACUUCGCUAGGUCCAGGAUGAAGGCUGUAAAAAUGUUAAUAAUAGUCGUACUUAGUUUUCUGUGUAGCUGGGGUCCUAUAUUAGUUUUUGAUCUGCUUCAUGCGUAUAACCUAACAGAGGAAGAUUUCAUUCAUUCUUUUCCAAGACGUCCUGUCUUGGAAUCGUUGUGCUACACCAGUUCAAUAAUGAACCCUGUUAUUUAUGCUUUCAAUGACUCAAGCUUUAGAAAAUCAGUUAAGAAUAUUAUUCAAAACUUUCAUGUGAAAUAA